GGGUAUUCACAACUUACUUUGGACCGAAAAGAUUAAUAUUGUCAUCUGCAAUCGGGCCAACUGGUAAACAGCGAUGCCUCACGUGUUGUUCUUGAGGCCACGAGCCGAGACAACUGCAAUCCAGAAGCCAUUGAGCAGCUACAGUGCUACAUGGCAACUGUUUGGCAUAAGCCGAAGAAGUUUCAGGCCGAUGCCGCUGGAUCCUCGGGUCGCUUUCCCAAGGCGUGACCUGAAAGUUCGUCGCCCAUACUGCUCUAGUGCUCAGCAGGCAAAAUCUGCGCGCGGAUGAAGACGGACAUCCCCGAGGAGAAGUUGGUGACGCAGUUGCACGCCCUCCCCUCGUGCGCAAGGGGCCGAACCGCCCGGAGUUGAUAUCCGGCGCGCAGACAUGGAGCUGGUUUUGGAACGCCAAGCCAUGAGGGCAGAGAACGCAGCAUUUCCGCUUCAUCCAUCAUCGAACGAGCUGAAGCCAAGGGUUCAGCCAAAGGCACCACCACCCGGGCAGACCUCCCCCGUCAAGGGGGCCAAGCGCCCGCGAACGACGCGGCGGGAGGCCCGGGUGAUUUUAUUCCACCCAGGCCUCAUCAUGCCGGUGCAGGGAAUCUUUAUCGAGGCAGCCGAAGUGUAUAGAUCUACUAUGAGACACUGCCUGACCUUCACUCGAAUUCGCUGCCGGGCAAACAGGCAGUACAUCCUCACGCAGCAGUACCUAGAUCAGAGCCUGCGUCUUUAUCUUCUGAUUCCGCUCCUACGCUCUGAUGGAAAGUAUGAGCUCUAUACCUAUCCUGACCACCUCUGGGCCAAUAGUCCAGGAAUUCUCUACAUUGUGCUCCUUCUGACCCGUGUACAAUCGAAUUAGAAGAUGGAAAUAGAAGGACGACAGUUCGUAGCUUGGGAUCGAGAAGAGCAGGUCAGCACGCGAGGAACUCAAGCGGGCAGUUCAUCGAGCCUUGGUUUAGACAGG